CAAAAGCAACGUGCAGUGGGACUGCUCUAGAUAUGGAGCUUCCCUUGAGAACUUCAGACUAAUCGCAUCUAUGACGCACCUCCGCUGACGACUGAAUUCCUUCGAGAGCGUAACAGCAGCGAGCCGAACCUCCUGAACCCCAAACCUACGACAAUGAGCGAGCCAAACGAGCAUACGUCCCUCCUCAUCCCUCAUGAUGAAGAAGGCCAGUCGGUCCGAUCGAGAGAGGAAGUGGAAUUGGGCCACACGUCGAUUGGAGAAAGGCUCUCGUACAACGAUUACAGCACCAUUGACUGGCUCCAUUGUCUGGUCAAGGACUCAUAUCGAUUCCGCGCGCUCCACCUCCGUCACGGUACCCGCGCCUCGAUCAAUCAGCACGUCGACGCCUGCUCAGGCUGGAUCGCCGUGUCUUUGAUCGGAAUAAUCAUGGCUUUUGUGGCCGUCAGUAUUGACAUGUCCGUCGCCACAGUUGCUGGUCUAAAGUACGGAUACUGUGCUGGAAACCCCCUCGUCAGCAGGGAAGCAUGCUGCGAAUAUGUCCAUAAGGAGGGGAUAAAUUGUGAUAGGUUUACGUUGUGGAGCGACCGUUACUGGCCACAAUUCGGAAUAUAUGUUGGUUGGGCUGUGCUGUUUGGAAUUAUCAGUUCCGGUGUGACUAUGUUCUCGAAGACAGUGCUUCCUGCGGUUGGCCCAGAGGCCAAGAACCCCAACGGGUACAGUCACUCUAAUUCCAAUUCCAACUAUAACAGGUAUGGCCAAGGCAAGUCUCUGUAUAUGUCUGCUGGAUCAGGUAUCCCUGAGAUCAAGACAAUCUUGAGCGGCUUCGUUAUUCCACAUUAUUUAGACUUCAGGAUUCUAGUACUGAAAGCAAUCGGGGCCGUAUUUGCGGUGGCUACUGGGAUGUCACUGGGCAAGGAAGGUCCAUUCAUCCAUAUUGCAGCUUGUGUUGGUCAACAAGUUGCGAAUCGAUUUGAGAAGUACAGAGAAAAUGCUGGAAAGUGGCGAGAGAUCUUGUCUGCCGCGUGUGCUGCAGGGCUGAGCUCUGCUUUUGGUGCUCCUAUUGGUGGUGUGCUGUUUGCUUAUGAGGAAAUAUGCGUUCACUUCCCUCGAAAGGUACUAUGGAGAACUUUCUUAUGCUCAAUGGUAGCAGCAAUUACCCUAAAAGCCCUUAACCCGCAUGGCACUGGAAAGGUUAUACUUUUUGAGACUAAUUACGGAACAUCAUAUCGGCCUGAGCACUACUUUACAUUUAUCAUCCUAGGCAUUUCUGGCGGCUUAUGGGGCGGAACUUUUACGAUGGCCAAUCUCCUGUGGGCAAGGUGGUUCAGAAAUAUCCGACUUAUCAAAGGCCGUCCAGUACUGGAGGUCUUCUUCGUUAUUAUGGUGACAGCAGCUCUCCAAUUUCCAAACCCCGUCACUCGAGCACCUGGAGUUGAAAUUAUUAAGAAUCUGCUUGUGAAUUGCGCUACCAAGAAGGACACUUGGGUCUGCCGGAACGAGGCUAGAACCGACGGGCGCUGGGAUUACAUUGCAUGGCUUGCAUAUGGAACUCUAGGACAACUAGCCUCGACCACGAUCACAUUCGGUCUUAAGGUUCCAGCAGGUAUUAUUAUUCCUGCUCUCGUCGGCGGCGCCCUGUUUGGUCGGCUGGUCGGCCAAUGGGUUACGACUAUCUCACCUGGUAUUUUUGCCAUGGUUGGAGCUGGGGCAUUCUUAGCUGGUGUCGGAAGGAUGACCAUCUCACUUUGUGUGAUCAUGUUCGAGCUUACGGGAGAGCUUGAAUACUCCCUUCCUCACAUGAUUGCCAUUCUUGUAGCAAAAUGGACAGCAGAUGCUAUCAGCAAGGAAUCAGUGUACGAUCUCGCACAAUCCGUCCUUGGGCACCCCUUCCUGGACACGGAACAUGCACUUCGCCUUAUCCAGCACGAGCCUUCCGCUACAGUUCAGGCUAUACUGCCACCAGCAUCUACUAUGGCGGAGCUCACAAUAGAAGUCCCGAGUAACAACAAGGUACCUCAAAAGGUCCUCAAAGAGCAUCUCAACUACCUCCAUCGGCGCGGCCUGAUGGAUGGCGGAAUUGUACUGACGCAAAAAGGCGUACUACAAGGCUAUAUCGCAGAACCUGAACUCGAAUAUGGCCUCAAUGAGUUUGGGAAGGCAUUUGGUGAAGAUAAAGAGGUUCGACUCUUUGGAGAUGUCGAUGAGGGUGAGUAUGACCUCAGCAACUUCGUCGAUCGAACUCCGAUAACGAUCACCAAUACCGCACCCAUGGAGUAUGCUGUCGAGAUAUUCGGUAAACUCGGCAUUCGAUACCUUUGUGUCACUGAAGAAGGUAGUGGGCGAUUGGUUGGCUUUGUGAUUAAGAAACGAUUACUGAUAUAUCUAGAUGGGUUAAAAGACUAAGUGGGAGUUUGUCACGGUUAACUUGGACAUGCCUCGGACUCUCCCC